UUUGGUUAUUGUUUUUUGUUUUGUGUAUUUAUCAGUGUCUAUUUUGUUGAUUUUUUGUUUGUUUCUAAUUACAAACAAAUGAAAUUGAUUUCUUGAUUUGUGAUUUGACCAAUUCAAAAACACUCGACCGGUUUUGUGUUAUGUUAUGUCUUCUUCAAGAAAAGGAAUCGUUUAGUUUUUAUAAGGUUACCUAAUUAAAUGCUGAAAAUAGAAAAUGAAAAGGUCUGCGCUGACCUGUCCUCGAACCGAAGACCUAUUGAAUGGCAGUUUACAGAUCUACCUGUUCGGCUACGGUUGACCGAUUUUCGCGAUGCUGUCAUAAAAAAGCAACUCUAAAAAUCACCAAAAAUCUCCAUUUUUGGUUCAUUUCUUGACAGAACUUAGCGAUGAACAAAAUGAAUGCGGAUAAAGUGAGUGAAAUGUUUUUGACAGCUCAUAAGGCAAAUUCCUUCGCUAAAAAUCUCUAUUCUUCGCUUCAAUUUCGCGCUAAAUAAAUAAAUCAACAAAAAAUUGGUAAUACUUAUAUGCAUUGUUGCUUGUUUAAAAUACUUCAUUUAAUAAAAUAAUUAAUUGUAAGUAAAAGGAAAAAUGGAAAACAGUAAUAGUAAAAGGGUGACAAAGGAGCAAAAAGAUAUGCUGAUUAAAUAUAUGGAAGAACACAGGGAGUUUGCUCACGACAGAUUCGCCAAUAACACCGGCUACAAAAAUUUACUGGAUCAGUGGAACCACCUUGGCCCGAAAUUAAAUGCGUGUGGAGGAGCUGUAAAGGAUGGUGAAGGAUGGAAAAGAGCGUGGAUAAAUAUGAGGAGCAAGGCCAAACAAAAAUUUGUGGACUUAGGAUAUGCAAUUGAGCGAAGCGGUAUCGAUUCAUCAAUUAGUGACAAGCAUUUAAGCCACUCAGAUGAGCGCAUCAUUAGCCUGAUGAACUCAGAGUCAAUUGUCGGUCAAACGGAAGUUGCCGAGCUAUUGAGCAGCAGCGAUGGAGUAACUUCCGUGGAAAUAUUUGACACCCCUGCCGACCAUUUUAAAAUAGAAUUUGUUGAGGAAAGCGUUGAGAAAGCGCAAACAGAAAAUAUAGUUCUUGAGGAUCCACUGCCACCACAACAUAUGGCUGCGAAAAGGAGAAUGGACAUUGAAGAACGCCGACUUGCUAUGGAGGAAAGAAAAAUUGCAGCGCUGGAGACCAGAAAUUCCAUUGAAUUGAGAAAGGCCGACGCUUUGGAGCAAAAUAAUGCAUUAUUGUCCAAUAUACUAAAAAAAUUGGACGAAAUAUUGCAAAAAUGAGUGCUCGCUCACACACUAUAGGCACU